CAGUUCCUGAUCAAUUUCUACAUCCUGUGAACUCGCUGCAUGCGACAACUGUGGGGAGCAUUCACUGUAGCCGACAUUAUGUGGAGAGACUGGUUGCGUUUUAAUGUGCAAACUCCAUGGCUGUAAAAUGAAGAAAUGAUUUUCCUUGUUUGGGAAAACAUGACUGUUUAUAUACUAAGGAAACAAGACAGCAAAUCCCACUGAAACGUAAGUUCAUUUUAGUUUGGUUCUGUGGAAAAAGCUUUGACUGGCUAUGGACUAUUAUUUUGGCAAAAUUACAUACAAGCAGUUUGUUGAUCCAUGUGCAUGACUUUCUAGACUUGGAAUUUAUUGUUUUUUGUUUGUCGAAUACAUGCAAAAAGCCUUAUGCAUGAUGGCUAAUGUAUAAAUGCGAAAAAAGAAAAGAAUAAAACAACUUGAACAGUAGUCUAAACUCCUAUUUUUUGUCUUAAACCAAGCACGGACAUGUGGCGGUGAAGAUGGGGGACUGGAACUUGUUGGGGAGCAUUUUAGAGGAGGUCCAUAUCCACUCCACCAUCGUGGGUAAAAUAUGGCUGACCAUCCUGUUCAUAUUUCGGAUGCUGGUUCUCGGCGUGGCGGCUGAGGACGUUUGGGUGGACGAACAGAGUGAGUUCAUCUGCAACACGGACCAGCCGGGAUGCAAGAACGUCUGCUACGACCAGGCGUUCCCAAUAUCGCUAAUUCGCUUCUGGGUACUGCAGAUCAUUUUUGUUUCCUCACCUUCACUGGUAUACAUGGGACAUGCUCUGUACCGGCUGAGGGCUUUGGAGAAAGAACGGCACAAGAGGAAAAUCCAGCUGAGAGCUGAACUGGAAGAGAUGGAAGCCCUCUUGGAGGAGCACAAGAAGUUGGAGAAGGAACUGAGGAAACUAGAAGAUCAAAAGAAAAUUAGUAAGGCUCCUCUGAGGGGCUCCUUGCUGCGUACAUAUAUAAUUCAUAUCCUUACCAGAUCAGUGGUAGAAGUGGCAUUCAUUGUUGGGCAGUAUAUCUUAUAUGGGAUUGGACUGGAUCCUUUGUACAAGUGUGAGAGGGUGCCUUGCCCGAACAGCGUGGACUGUUAUGUCUCCAGGCCGACGGAGAAGACCAUCUUCAUGGUUUUCAUGAUUGUCAUCGCAGGGGUUUCGCUGUUCCUGAACCUCUUGGAAAUAUCCCACUUGGGGGUGAAAAAAAUUAAACAGACUCUAAGAGGACUCCAGUUUGUUGAGGACAAAAGUCUUUGCAAACCCAAGCACUCGACCAUUCAGCAACUGUGUGUAAUGACGAAUAUGUCCCCCCACAAAAACCCCCAGUUGAAAACGUUUAUCCAACAGGGGCAAAUGGACCCUCCACUGUUCCUAACCAGUGCUUGUGUCGGCUCGAGCAACGACAUGCUGCAGCACAACAGUUUCACCGCAGCCACCCUCCCAGUGUCCUGCAUAACCCAGCAGCCCCGGCAAAUGCGGCAGCCAAGCCAGGGAAUGAUCCAUGAACUGCACUCCCAAGGGUCCAUGGAGUUACUAGAGGACCGGGAAAACCGCGGCCAGCGUCUAGAGAGCAGUAACGACUCAGAGAGGGAUGUUAUGCCUUUUAACUCGGGUCAUCUGGGUCCUGAGGUUCAUCCAGAAAUACCAGCCUGCCUUCGCAACGUUCUGCACAGGCCCAGUCGUGUGCCAGAACUGGGGGACGAUGCUGGGGAGUCUUCAGAGAGCGACUUCUGUCCACCUAACAGGAAAGCCAGUUUUAUGGUCCGUAUGCCCUCGGACAGCUUUUCUGGCAGUCCGUCCUGUCCCUCCACAAGGAGUUCAGAGUCCGAGCUGGGCUCCCUCAAUGACCUGCCAAUGAACCCACCACCAGGGGGAGGAAGACGGAUGUCUAUGGCAAGUAGACACAAAUGA